ACACAUCUUGGUUGUGGUUUUUCCCGUCUGGGUUCGAUCGCUUCCGCCAUUUUUAUGGUUUCUUCGAAUGGUACACCGACACUAGCUACUGAACAAUGGUCCGUCUUAAAGUUCCAUUCAGUGUAAUUGCUGAGAAUCUCGCCUGUCAUGCUGUCUAUCCUUGAUGACUCACAGUAAAUAGAAUUGUUAAGUGGCCCUCCCCAACAAGCCUUUUGGGCCAAAUCUAUUACACGUUUCUCUGGAUGGAUGCGGUGCAAAUCGUCUCUGAUCAUAGGUUUUAAGUCUUCCAUCUCCCAUUCUUUGAACCAGCAUCUAAUAACAGUAUCCAGCAGAAAACAUUUCAUUUCUGCGAAAGCACUAACUGGACAACGCAACGUGUAUGCUAUAGAUUGUCUAUCAGAUGUACAGGUAAUUGAAGAGCCGUGCUGAGACACGUAACGCAUUUUCGUGAAGCCAGAGAAAGCGCAGCUGGAAGCACUAGAUGCUGCACGCAGAAAAUGGGUGGCUCCUAAGUAUUCGUCCACUUCGUACCGGGAACCAGCCUACGUGGUAAGUAUUGUGAUCAGUACCUAAG